AUGCGUCUGCUACACUACAAUACCGAUGGCGGGUUCAGCCUGGCCGAGUUCUUUGAAGGCGACAUACCCAAGAAGUAUGCUAUACUUUCACACAGAUGGGGAGCAGAGGAGGCCACUUUCAAGGAUCUAACAGACGGUACGAGCAAAGGCAAGGCUGGGCACGGCAAGAUACAGUUCUGCGGAGAACAGGCAGGACGUGACGGCUUACAAUACUUUUGGGUGGACACCUGCUGUAUUGAUAAAUCCAAUGCUGUCGAGCUUCAGGAAGCUAUCAACUCGAUGUUUCGCUGGUACCGCGAUUCGACUAAGUGCUACGUUUAUCUGCCAGAUGUUUCGCGGCCUCGAACCGAUUCGGCUGAUAGGACCUGCGAGGACUGGGUAUCGAUAUUUCGGAAAAGUGAAUGGUUUAAACGAGGCUGGACUCUACAAGAGCUUAUUGCGCCGGCAUCAGUCGACUUCUUCUCUAAAGAAGGAGAGCUACUAGGAAAUAAGGCCUCCUUAGAACGAUACAUCUGCGAGGUAACAGGCAUUCCAGCCAGGGCUCUUCGCGGGAGCCCUUUGUCUGAUUUCAGCGUUGAUGAGCGAUUAUCGUGGGCAGCAAGUCGUGAGACUUUUCGCCAGGAAGACAAAGCAUACUCACUACUUGGCAUUUUUGAUGUCAAUAUGUCGCUCAUCUACAGCGAAGGAAAGGAAAAUGCGUUGAGACGGCUAAAGAAGAAGAUCCAGAAAUUGCAGACAGGUGAAUACCUAAUAAAUCGCUUCAUUAUUAGCUAUCUACUAAUCACUUUUUAAAAGGAGACGAGCAGAAUCCACUUGACCCUGAAAGCCAAAGUUGUAUACAAGACCUGCGGAUAACAGAUCCCCGGGAGGAUAAGAAGCGGAUUGAAGACACGAAGGGCGGGCUACUGCGAGACUCUUACCAAUGGAUCCUUGAACAUCCCGAUUUCCAGCAAUGGCGCGACGAUACACAGAGCCGGCUACUCUGGGUCAAGGGUGACCCUGGUAAAGGUAAGACGAUGCUUAUUAGCGGCAUCCUCGAUGAAUUGAGCCCUUCGACGAAGCUAAGAGACAAAGCGGCAACCACACUAUUGUCGUACUUCUUCUGCCAGGCUACCGAUGGCCGCAUUAAUAAUGCGUCAGCCGCGCUCCGCGGUCUUAUCUACCUACUCAUCGACCAGCAACCAUUGCUCAUCUCGUAUGUGCGGAAAAAGUACGACCACGCUGGCAAGGCCCUUUUUGAAGAUCCAAACGCAUGGGUUGCAUUAUCCGAAAUCUUCACUAGCAUUCUACAAGACCCAAGCUUGACGAGCAUCUAUUUGAUCAUCGAUGCGCUCGAUGAAUGUAAAGCAAAUCUUGACCAGCUUUUGGAUCUAAUUAGUCGAACUGCCUCAACAUCCACUCGCGUGAAAUGGAUUGUAUCAAGCCGUAACGAACCUAACAUUGAGGCGCGGCUGAGACUUGAUCAUACGCAGACGAGGCUUAGCCUUGAGCUCAACAAGGAGCAUGUCUCUCGCGCUGUCCAGUUGUUUAUCGAUUUCAAGGUUUCCAAACUCCGACUUAUUGAGGACGACGGCGAGCUACAGGAGAUAAUUCGAGGUCAGAUAUACGAUAAGGCCAAUGGGACAUUUCUUUGGGCAGCUCUUGUCUUAAAGGAGCUUGAGCCCGUAGAGAGCUGGGACGUGCUCGAU